AUGUGGUCAGCACUAGUUAGCCUGGUUAUCUUGCUCAUCUGCGUCUAUUUGUAUCUUGGUGUUCAUAUUGUCGUAUAUUCAGCUUUCACUGUGGGCCUCUUGCUGAUGGCCCAGGUGCUGAGACAGAGGGGAAGAGGCAUGUCUGAGGGAUUUGAGAGGGCAGUGUUAAUAACAGGCUGUGACAGUGGAUUUGGCUAUCAACUUGCCAAGACACUGGACAGCAUGGGAUUCACGGUGUUUGCUGGGUGUUUAUGCUCUGAUGGUCAUGGAGCUCAAACACUGGCCAAAGAGGGAUCUCAGCGUUUAAGGGUGCUGCAGUUGGAUGUAACCAGAGAUGAAGAUGUGAGGCUGGCUAAGACCCUUGUGGAAGCAAACCUACCAGAGAAAGGCCUUUGGGCUGUUGUAAACAAUGCCGGCAUCAGUGACUGGGGAGAGACUGAAUGGAAUUCCAUUGAAGACUACCAGAAAAUGGCAGACAUCAAUUUGUUUGGCUCCAUCCGUACUUCAAUUGCAUUUCUGCCUUUUGUUCGAGCAUCCAAAGGCCGUAUGGUAUUUGUGUCAAGCAUCUUUGCCUUCUUUAACUGUAUGAACAUGGGAGCAUACAGUAUGUCCAAAAGAGGGCUGGAGGCAUUUGCUGACUGCCUGAGGGUUGAGCUGUCCAGUUUUGACGUAAAGGUCAGCAUUAUUCAGCCAGGAAACUUUGGACCAGCUACGAACAUCAGAACUAAGAAAACAACCCAAGAAAUAUGGGAUAAAUUGGAUGAGGAACAUAAGCUGAUUUUCAACAGAAGUUACAUUGAGAUUGCAAAUUCAUACUUCCAGUCAUCAUGCAAUGCAGGGUUUAAAGAUUGCCGCAUGGUCAUUGAUGCUAUGGUGCAUGCUCUUACUGCCCCCAAUCCAAAAGCACGUUACCUACUUGUCUCUUUGGUGGAGAGGAUGUUUUUUUCUGUAUUUUCUCUUUUGCCCACGGUUAUCACAGAUGCAGUCUUUACAAUUUCCCCGAUUUACCACAAGCGCAAAGCGAUGCUUUAUUUGUGAAAUUUGAUUUCUGAUUUAUAUCUGAUGUGACUUGAUGGUUUAUGAAUUCAGAAUCAGAUUCUGAUGUCAACUUCUGUAGUCAUGAUUUGUAAGUUGGUGUCACUCACAUGGCUUCUCAUGACCUAACGUGUCGCCACAGCCAUCACAUGUUGUAACCAUGUUACAAGUCCAUAGUUUUCAUGAGUAGAUAGUGUGGGGGUGUGGGUUUUUUUUCAAGUUUUACUGGACACUUUCCUGAGUACAGUAUAAGA